GCGCGGCUGGGCAGGUGGAAAGCAGCAGCGCCUCGAUCUUGAUCCUCAUCUUCCUCAAUCUUCCUCCUACAUCUUGAUCCUUCUCCUCAAUCUUCCUCCUCCUCAAUCUUGAUCCUCCUCGUCGGCGAUCUUCGUCGCUACCCGAAGGGCGAUCUUCGACCUUCGCGUUGUGCCGCCUCGACUCGCCUCUCGUGCCCCCUCCCUCCCUCCCCCCGUGCGGACGAGCGGCCCCGCCAUGGGAGCGUGCUGCUCCUGCACUCGGCAGCGCGAGCGUCCCCGCAAGAAGAGAUAUUGUAAGAAACACCGCUGCAGGCAUAACCGUGCCAAGAAUGGCAUUGAUGACCACGCCGAUGCAUCCUCUCCCACCACCAGCGAACGCUCGGCGUCACCGGUGGUGCAGGAAGGUGCAGCCACCUCGGGCUCGUGUGGAAAGGAGGCGCCGGCAGAGUGCCAGGUCAUUGUGCCGCUCUCCCCACUUGACAUCGCUGGACGACCAUUGCCCGAUGGGGAUGUCGAGCCCCCCCACGCCUCCGCUGAGAAACCCCUUCUCCUGGUCGAGGAGAAGGUACCCAGCGUGGAGGAGGCGGAGCGACGCGACAAUGAGCCGGAAGUCAGACAUUGUAAGAAGCACCGCUGCAGGCAUAACCGUGCCAAGAAUGGCAUUGAUGACCACGCCGAUGCAUCCUCUCCCACCACCAGCGAACGCUCGGCGUCACCGGUGGUGCAGGAAGGUGCAGCCACCUCGGGCUCGUGUGGAAAGGAGGCGCCGGCAGAGUGCCAGGUCAUUGUGCCGCUCUCCCCACUUGACAUCGCUGGACGACCAUUGCCCGAUGGGGAUGUCGAGCCCCCCCACGCCUCCGCUGAGAAACCCCUUCUCCUGGUCGAGGAGAAGGUACCCAGCGUGGAGGAGGCGGAGCGACGCGACAAUGAGCCGGAAGUCAGACAUUGUAAGAAGCACCGCUGCAGGCAUAACCGUGCCAAGAAUGGCAUUGAUGACCACGCCGAUGCAUCCUCUCCCACCACCAGCGAACGCUCGGCGUCACCGGUGGUGCAGGAAGGUGCAGCCACCUCGGGCUCGUGUGGAAAGGAGGCGCCGGCAGAGUGCCAGGUCAUUGUGCCGCUCUCCCCACUUGACAUCGCUGGACGACCAUUGCCCGAUGGGGAUGUCGAGCCCCCCCACGCCUCCGCUGAGAAACCCCUUCUCCUGGUCGAGGAGAAGGUACCCAGCGUGGAGGAGGCGGAGCGACGCGACAAUGAGCCGGAAGUCAGACAUUGUAAGAAGCACCGCUGCAGGCAUAACCGUGCCAAGAAUGGCAUUGAUGACCACGCCGAUGCAUCCUCUCCCACCACCAGCGAACGCUCGGCGUCACCGGUGGUGCAGGAAGGUGCAGCCACCUCGGGCUCGUGUGGAAAGGAGGCGCCGGCAGAGUGCCAGGUCAUUGUGCCGCUCUCCCCACUUGACAUCGCUGGACGACCAUUGCCCGAUGGGGAUGUCGAGCCCCCCCACGCCUCCGCUGAGAAACCCCUUCUCCUGGUCGAGGAGAAGGUACCCAGCGUGGAGGAGGCGGAGCGACGCGACAAUGAGCCGGAAGUCAGACAUUGUAAGAAGCACCGCUGCAGGCAUAACCGUGCCAAGAAUGGCAUUGAUGACCACGCCGAUGCAUCCUCUCCCACCACCAGCGAACGCUCGGCGUCACCGGUGGUGCAGGAAGGUGCAGCCACCUCGGGCUCGUGUGGAAAGGAGGCGCCGGCAGAGUGCCAGGUCAUUGUGCCGCUCUCCCCACUUGACAUCGCUGGACGACCAUUGCCCGAUGGGGAUGUCGAGCCCCCCCACGCCUCCGCUGAGAAACCCCUUCUCCUGGUCGAGGAGAAGGUACCCAGCGUGGAGGAGGCGGAGCGACGCGACAAUGAGCCGGAAGUCAGACAUUGUAAGAAGCACCGCUGCAGGCAUAACCGUGCCAAGAAUGGCAUUGAUGACCACGCCGAUGCAUCCUCUCCCACCACCAGCGAACGCUCGGCGUCACCGGUGGUGCAGGAAGGUGCAGCCACCUCGGGCUCGUGUGGAAAGGAGGCGCCGGCAGAGUGCCAGGUCAUUGUGCCGCUCUCCCCACUUGACAUCGCUGGACGACCAUUGCCCGAUGGGGAUGUCGAGCCCCCCCACGCCUCCGCUGAGAAACCCCUUCUCCUGGUCGAGGAGAAGGUACCCAGCGUGGAGGAGGCGGAGCGACGCGACAAUGAGCCGGAAGUCAGACAUUGUAAGAAGCACCGCUGCAGGCAUAACCGUGCCAAGAAUGGCAUUGAUGACCACGCCGAUGCAUCCUCUCCCACCACCAGCGAACGCUCGGCGUCACCGGUGGUGCAGGAAGGUGCAGCCACCUCGGGCUCGUGUGGAAAGGAGGCGCCGGCAGAGUGCCAGGUCAUUGUGCCGCUCUCCCCACUUGACGUCGCUGGACGACCAUUGCCCGAUGGGGAUGUCGAGCCCCCCCACGCCUCCGCUGAGAAACCCCUUCUCCUGGUCGAGGAGAAGGUACCCAGCGUGGAGGAGGCGGAGCGACGCGACAAUGAGCCGGAAGUCAGCUCUGAAAAUGUUAUCCUCGAGAUCAUCACUGAGGAAUUCUGCUCUGGAAUCAUGAGCAUCGGAGAUGGUGGCGAGGAUGCACCGUGCCUGGCACACGAGUGCGAGCCGCUGGAGCAAGCGGGUGGAGAGUGGGCGGAGAGCAGCGUCCCGCAGCGCCGCCACGACGAGCUGCAGCGCCACUUGGCGGAGACGGUGGAGAGCCUGAAGGAGCUCAAUGGCAGCCAGGACCUCGAGACCAAGGUCAUGAAGUUCGAGCUGGCCAAGGCCUCAUCAAUACCCGUCAACCAGAUCUCCAACACAUCUGGUUCUCACCUGCGCGUCAUCACCGACAAGCUGGACUUGCUGUUGAGCGGCAAGGCCGUCGUGUCGGGCACGCGCUCCACCAACGUGUCGGACCACCCGCAGGGCCUGCUCUAUGUCCUGCACCGGGUGACUGAGAGGCUUGUGAAGCAGAGCGAGGAGGAGGUGGGGUGGAACCACGCGGCGGCGUUCCCCAUCGCGGCUGUCACCGUGGAACUGUGGCACCGGCACCCAGCCAUCGGGGAGCUCCUGCUCGCUCACCUGCUGAGCAAGUGCCCCUACUUGGGCCCUUUCUUCCCUCGUCCCACGCCUGGGCAGAGCCAGGAGGACGCUUUCAGGAUCCUCGGUUACCGCUUCGAGGAUGGGACACUAGAGGACGAAGACUUGUUCCUCCAGAGAAUGUCGGGCAUGGCGCGCCUGUACGCGGCCAUCGUCUCUGCACCCGUGUCUCCCUCCAGUGGCGACAAGAGCCACCCCCACGGCGUGAGUCACGGCUGGUCCUGGCUCACGCGGGUCCUGGAUAUGGAGCCCAUGGCCAAUGUCACCCCCACCGUGCUCUUCCGCUUUCUGGAGGUGGCAGGCAGUGCCAUGGAGGUUGCAUACGGCGAUCAGCUCUGGGAGCUGCUCGAUGUGUUAAGGAAAGAAUACAUCCCAAGAAUCGAGAAGGUGUCCAUCCCGCAGCAGAUGGGAGCUGUGGUCAGACUGAGGCUGUUCCUCGAGGACUGUUUUGUUAAUCGGGAGAUUCCUUUGCCAAGCGGGCAUCUCUCAGAAGAAUUUCGGAAGGCUUAACAAGAUCACCUGUACAUU